GGUAAUAGCAAUCAGUACAAGAAAGGUCUGAGUAGCCUAAUUGUAGUACAUCUAAAGCUAAAUGUCCUAAGUCUAAAUGUACUCACUGAUGGUUACGAAUAUAUUCCCGAUGUAACUUGUCAGCAGUUUGUACUAUAUGCUAAAAAGGAAGUUGCUA